CACUGAUUUGUUCUGCACAUAGCCUGGAAUUGUACGGUUUGGACAUUCUCAGUGCAAGGACGCAACAGAAUUACCUGCUUCUGAGGAAAAUGACUUAAAAUAUCCCAUGCUGUCCCGCCAUGUUAACAGGCUGGUUAGAGACUGGGUUUUCCACCGGAAUCAUCUGCAAAGACAUCUCCAGAAUACUCAAGCUUUUCAGUGCCUGAAGUGUGUGGAGUACUAUUCUUGGGCUUGCUACCCACACUUGAACCUUCAAAAUUUGGGGGGGAGUUGGAGGCUUCCCCUGUUUUGGAACUUGCAGCUUCCACCCAACCUCGGGCAAAACUAUUCCAUUCAUUUUUGUACUGCAAAAAUGAAAUCUGAGGACUGUGAACCAAUUUUUAAAAAAAGAAGACAUGAUGAAGAGCAGGGCAUUAGUUGCAGUGAUGAAAAAAAAAUAAAUGUAUCUUCGUUAAAUGAAAAGUCAUCAUCUCCGCUUAAAGAAGAAAGCACUCCAAAACCAAAAAGUUUGAUCAAGAGACAUUGGGAAUACUUUUGCCAUCAAAGUGGAAAAACAAAGAUUGUUGAAGACAAGAUGCAGGUCAACAAAGAUGAUAAAGGCCCACAGGCAAAAUUUGAUUUUACUGUAAUGUCAUACAACAUUCUUUCCCAGGAUUUGUUAGAAGACAAUUCCCACCUCUACAAACAUUGCCAGCAGCAAAUACUAGCUUGGAAUUAUCGCUUUCCCAACAUUCUUGCAGACAUCGAACAGCUUGAUGCAGAUGUACUUUGUUUGCAGGAGGUCCAAGAAGACCAAUAUGGAAUAGAGAUCAAGCCAAGCUUGGAAGCCUUAGGCUAUCAUUGUGAAUACAAAAUGAGAACAGGAAGGAAGCCUGAUGGCUGUGCCAUUUGCUUCAAGACCUCCAAAUUCAGACUUCUUUCAUCCAAUCCUGUGGAAUUCUUCCGUCACAACAUCCCACUUUUGGAUAGAGAUAAUGUGGGGCUAGUCUUGCUCCUGCAGCCUCGGUUUUGCUGCAGAGCCCCCACAGCCAUCUGUGUAGCCAACACUCACCUCCUGUAUAAUCCAAGACGGGGAGACAUUAAACUAACCCAGUUAGCCAUGCUCCUGGCAGAAAUUACCAGUGUUGCCAUUUGCGAAGAUGGGCGUUUCUGUCCCCUUGUCAUCUGUGGUGAUUUCAAUUCUGUCCCUCACUCUCCUCUGUACAAUUUCUUGACAGAAGGAAAGCUGAAUUAUGAAGGUCUGGCAAUAGGAAAAGUGUCUGGCCAGGAACAGUCCCCCAGGGGCAAUAGGAUACUUACGAUUCCCAUUUGGCCUCAAAGCCUUGGCAUUUCUCAGGAUUGCAUGUACGAGGAGCAGCAAAAACGCCUAGUAAAAGAAAGAGAGAGUGAAGAGACUAAAGAUACAAGUUUAGAACAGUCAGAGGAGAUCCUAAUAGUAGAAAAAAGAUUACCCACAGAUUUACAUCACAGCUUUCGAUUGUCUUCAGUUUAUUCUCAUUAUUUGCCUGACAGUGGAGUUCCAGAAGUAACCACUUGCCAUUCCAGAAGUGCAGUGACUGUAGACUACAUCUUCUAUUCUGAAACAAAGGACAGUGUUACUCAGGAACCAGGAGCGGAACUUGUUUUCAAUGGAGGCCUGAAUCUUCUGGGUAGACUGUCACUGGUAACUGAGAAAGAUCUGUGGGGAGUCAAUGGACUGCCUAAUGAAAGCAAUUCCUCUGACCAUCUCCCUCUUCUAGCUAAGUUCAGGCUGGAAGAAUAACUUCUGAAUGAAAAUAAUUGGUAUCUUCACUCUCCCUCCCCAUCUUAACGUUUAUCAAUUCCAGCAAAAGUGACUGAAGAUGUUUUUAAAAGAUCUACUGUAAAUUAUCAGAAUCACUCACAUAAAAAGCAAGCUAGUUUUACAUAGGGAUUCCUUUUUUUAAUAAAUGAAAAUAUUUGUGCUGUAU